AUGGGCAAAAAUAACAAGAAUAGAAAAUCUCAAACACCGCAACCACAACAACCUUCUGGACAACAUCAGCAAACUCCAACCGGAAAGUCUACUUAUCGUAAAUAUCAUCGUCGUCAUACUUUAUUAAACCACCACUCGCCUUAUAUUCAAAGACAGCUAUCCGGUCAAACUUUUCCAGGUACACCAUCUUUUAUUCCAUCAGACCAACAAAUUAUGAGACGGACACCACAAGAUUCAGCUUUUGUAGAUAAACCAUCUUUUACUCCGACAAACCAACAAAUUAUGAGACGGACACAACAAUCAAGCCCUCAUUUCUCUUCACCUUUCUUCCUUUACAAUUACGAGUCUAAAUCUAAAAAUUUACAAAUAACUAACACGAUUCCUUUUGAACAACAAACAUCAAUUCUCUCUGAAACCAAAACAGAUAAAGCGAUCCUUGUCGAAAAAAAGACAAUUAAUCCAAUCAUUAUUGGUGCAAAUCCUAAAGAAAAUAAUAACCGUAAAGAAGAGAAAGUUCUAGCUCUAUCUUCACAUAUACGAUGGGGAAUGGCUAAUGAAAAAGUUCAACGAAUCGAAGGAAAGUUAACCGAAUUGGAAACUUCUAAUAGUGUCGAUCGAUUGAAUACUGAAGUAACAGCUUUCACUUCGGGACAACUUGGACUAUUAUCAUAUGAUGAUUCUGCAGUUGAGAAUGACGAGAUACAAGAGUCUGAUACUUCAACUGAAGAUGGUGAAAUCAAAGAAUACAAAAAAAGCUUCGAGCAUAAUUAUAGAAAGGAGAGAAAGGUUGCAUUUGCAAGCAUCCACGACAAUGAUGGAAAAACAAAGGAAGAUGAAAUAAAGAUUGAGAGUGGAAUAUCAUCAAUCGAAAAACAAGAAACUAAUGUAACACAAUCUCAGAUUGAAAGUCAAUUUAAAAAUUUAAAAUUAAGCGAAAAUGAUUCAUCAACUGAGGAAAAGAAUAAAAAACUUUUCGAAGAGGAUAAAACUCCAACUAAAAGUCAAGAUGAGUUGAUUCAAGUUGAAGAAAGCAUCGAGUUAAUAAGCGAUAGCUCAGUUUCAACCAUCAAAAGUGACGAUAGAGGUAAAAAUUCUCAGGAUUGCUCCUUUUCAGUCUCCGAUCAAAAGGUUGUACUAGAGGCUAUCUUACAAGAGUCUGAAAAAGAUUGCGAAAAAACACUAGAAAAUAAAAUACCACCAUCUACUCCAAUGCACGAUACCCUAUCAUUUUUUAGCAAAUCUCCAACUGAAUAUUACGAUGAAGUCAGUUUUCAAACUCCAAAAAUAAAGACAAGUCAAAGCCAGUUUUUGAACAUUGGGGCUGAAGAAGAAUCACGAAGAAUUUCGUCUGGAUUACAGAUUCCUUCGGUUUCUGCAACAAACUCUGCUAAAUCCUUCGAUAUGGAUGAUCAAAGACGGAAUCUUGCUCCUAGUAACGAAAUGGAUGGUCCAGUUCAUACGCCUCAAAGUCCUUCAACAUCAAGUUUAACUCAGAAUCCUAGCUUUGUUCAUACAUCUAAUGAGACUCAAAAUUCUAUCGCAGUUCAAACUCCCAAUUUGAUUCAGAAUCCUGGUUUAAUUCAAAUUCCUUCAACACCGAGUUUAAUCCAGGAUCCUAGUUCGAUUCAUACGCCUAAUUUAAUUCAAAAUCCUAGCUCGACUCAUACGCCUGAUUUAAUUCAAAAUUCUCCAACAUCGAAUUUAACUCAAAGUCUCAGUUCUGUACAAACACCCAGUGCAGUUCAAAAUCCAGAGACACCAAUGAAAAUUCCGACUGUAGUAAUUCAAAAUCACGAGAUCCUUACAACAACACCUAGCUUAAUCCGAAAUGCUAGGACUCUAAUGAAAAUUCAAAAUCCUGAAACUCCAAUGAAUACACCCAUUACGCCCCGCUAUAACUUGAGAACAAGGACAUCAAAUUCCGCAAAUGUUUCUAUGAAAAUGAGAACUCCCUCAUUGCAUACCAUUGAAGAGAAGAUCCCAAACACACCUUUCAAGAGUACUCAGAUCACAGAAUCAUUCGUCUCAACGACUAUCGAUGACUUUGCAUCUACUUCAAGCAAUAAUAACAACAUACAAACGCCAAUAAGUAAAAAUGAAUUUAGUACAUCUUCAACAGUAAGAUACCCUACUACACCUUCUCGUACUCCGAAACCUUGGCCACUAGAGAUCGAGGUUCUUCGAGAAAGAUUAGGUUUUGAAUUUCGACGACGUAACAUAACGCAAAAAGAACUCGUCAAUGAAAUUUUUGCCAUAGUUAAAACGUUGCCGGGCUCAGAUGGUAUCACCUUCUCACAGUCAUCGUGCUCUAAUUUCUUGAGAGGUAUUUCUAAGCCGAGGUCAACCAUUGUGUUUGAUGCUAUGAGAAAAUGGAUUGAUUCUCAGAUGGGGAAUUAA